GGCCAACUUGCAGAGUGCAGCUCAGCCUCGACAGCGGCUGCUUCCAACUGGGGGUCUUCGGAGAGCAUCGCACUCCCAUGUGCGCUGCUGUGCCCGCUGGAUGUUGAAAUCGCGCCGUGCGCCUCGCCAGGAGCCACCAUGUCCAACCCAACCCACGACCCGUUCUACUCCUCUCCGUUCGGACCCUUUUACAGGAGACACUCGCCCUACAUGGUCCAGCCCGAGUAUCGGAUCUACGAGAUGAACAAGCGGCUUCAGGCGCGCACAGAGGAAAGUGACAGUUUGUGGUGGGACGCCUUCACUACAGAGUUUUUUGAGGAGGAUGCCACCCUCACGCUCUCCUUCUGCCUCGAAGAUGGACCAAAGAGAUACACGAUUGGCCGGACGUUGAUUCCCCAUUAUUUCAGCACCGUAUUUGAAGGAGGCGUCACCGAACUCCACUACAUCCUCAAACACUCCAAGGAGUCUUUCCACAACUCCUGCAUCACCCUGGACUGUGAUCAGUGCACCAUGGUCACACAGCAUGGGAAGCCAAUGUUUACAAAGGUUUGUACAGAGGGUCGUUUGAUACUGGAGUUUGCCUUUGACGACCUGAUGAGGAUCAAGACAUGGCACUUUACCAUCCGGCAGUACCGGGAGCUCAUCCCUCGCAGUAUCCUGGCCAUGCAUGCACAAGACCCUCAGGUGCUGGAACAACUGUCCAAAAACAUCACUCGCAUGGGCUUGACCAACUUCACCCUCAACUACCUCAGGUUGUGUGUCAUCCUGGAGCCCAUGCAGGAGCUCAUGUCAAGGCACAAAACCUACAACCUCAGCCCCCGGGACUGUCUCAAGACAUGUCUUUUCCAAAAAUGGCAGAGAAUGGUAGCUCCUCCAGCUGGACACCCACAGAACUUCAAAACGGAAAUAUUUCCCACAAAUCACAAAAAAGGUCGCGCCAAAGCUGAGCCUGCCCGACAGACAACCACGAAGAGGAGGAAACGGAAGAACUCAGCCAGCAGCGCCAACAGCAGCGUAGGCACCACCGGCGGCAAGAAGCGCAGUCCAGCCACCAACUUCAGCCUCUCCAGUCAGGUACCUGACGUGAUGGUUGUGGGUGAGCCGACCCUAAUGGGCGGUGAGUUUGGGGACGAGGAUGAGCGUCUUAUCACCCGUCUGGAGAACACGCAGUACGACGCAACUAACGGUCUGGAUGACGAGGAUGACUUCAACAGCUCCCCGGCUCUGGGAAACAAUGCACCCUGGAGCAGCAAACCCCCCGCUGCCCAGGAUAGCAAGCCCGAGAGCACGGCGCCCCAACCCUCUCAGUAGAACAAAAAAUAAAUAAAUAAAAAGAAGAAGAAAACAACAGAUCCUUGGCUCCAUGUGGACUGGACUUUUAAACAUCCCCCCUUCUCCUGAGGGCAGUGCUUCUACGCCUCAUAAUGUUGUACUAAAUCAGAAUCCUCGUCUGCAAACUUAACGUCGGCAUGUCCAGCCAAUCUGCGUCUGUCUGGGAUAUUUUCUUCUUCUCUGAAUCAUUGUAACACCUAAGAGAACACUGAGAACAGGCUGCACUGCUCAGCAAUAUCCACAGACAAGAAAUGCAUACAAUGCAUAUGCAGCUGUAAUGUAAAAAUAACACAAGCGGGGGCUUUUUCGGUUUGUUUUUUUUGGUGUCUUUUUUUUCUCUCUCUCUCUCUCCUUCCUUUCCGAGAAUGCAGUGGGAAAUUUUCUGAUCAAAUUUCUCCCUUUGGACCUUCAGAUACAAACAGCUCUUCUGGUGGGAAACCACAGCUGUGAUUGGUUGACCUGCAGGUCACAAGUCAUCUUGCUGACUGUAGACAGUGGGAAGGAAAGAAGAAGAGUAAAAACAACAAACAAAUGUCUCAGAAAUAGAAAGCUCAUGAAGGGAAGGUGUUUUUUUAACAGCCAGCAGAGCCCAUGGAAGCAUCUCACCAUAUUGGAGACAAAUGAAACAUUGUUUGAGGCAAUUGCAUUUUUAUUGGAAAUUCAGUCGGCUGUUGGUUUUUGUUUUUUUUUGUUUUUUUUGUUGUUUUUUUUUUUUCUCUCUCGCUGUUUAUAAUCAAUUUCCAAUUAAGUGGAAAUAAAAUUUCUCUACCGAUAUGGAUGCUUUUCAAACGAGGACAAAUCGUGUCUUAGGAUUGUUUUUUCCACAUUGCUGUGGUCGUCACAGAUUGUGAUUUCAUGCAAACAAGUUUGAUUGUGUUCGUCCUUUGCAGUCACAUUGUAAUUUUGCCGAUCAGUAUGUGAACUUUGCCGACAUGCGUUGAUGCUUUUUUUUUUUCUUCUUCUUCUUUCUUUACUCCUCCUGGACUUCUUUCCCUUUAACGACCUACUCCCAAACUGAUACUAAAGCUGUUUCCUGCAUGAUUUUAUAGGAAUUUAAUUUUGUUUGAUAUAUGUGCUUUUUAAAACACAUCAAUCGGAUUCUCUUUUUUGUGUUCAUCAGUUUGGGAACACUGUAACAAGGUUUGUAGCUCUGUAAAUAGAAGUGGAAUCUAUUUUGUCCACUGUAAAUCAGCCACUGAAAGCAGUUUGGAUAUGGCAGCUGUUUUGUUUUGUACCAGAGGUUCAGAUUUCUGUUGGGUGGUUUGGAUAGAUACUGGUUUGCCUCUAUUAGAACCAAACUUUUAAUGGUCCCUGUCCUCUCUAGCUCAUGCAGAACCAAAGCCACAAACAUAAUAAACAGCCACAUGGUCACAUGAUCAUUAUUAUUGAGUAUUCUGUAAUAAAUUGUGGUAAUAAACAGAAUUUACAUUUUAAAAAUUAAGCUAAAAAAAUUCCAUCCACCCCACAGAAAUGUUUUAAGUUCCCAGUGUUUGUGUUCACAAAUGUUCUUUAACCUUUAAUUGACCUGAUACUCCAGUAUAUCCCUGAUCUCUUUUGUUGAACUUUUGUUUAAAAAUGGGCAAGAAGACAAUGACAGAUAUCUUUAUACACUUGGAACUAAUGGUUAUUUAUUUGUGCAUUUGUAAGGAAGCUAACACAUUUUUAAAUAUGUUUGAGCCUAGUAUUAUUAGACACCAUUUGUACAUUAUAUAGCAGAGGUGUUCAGUGUCAUAUCUGAUGUCUGGUAUGUAUGCUUUACCAUUAUGUGUGCCAAUAAAUCGUGCUUACAAAUAA